AUGCAAUGUUUCAAAUACAUAACAGAUGAACAAAAAGUCACAAUUUUAAAUUUAUUUAAUGAUAUAGGAAAUAAAGAAAAGCAGGAUAAGUUUUUAGGUGGAUCGAUUAAUGUUAAAAGUAAUAAUAGACGUAGACCUGUAACAAAUGAGAAACCUAAUCGGUCCUUUGCAUGCGACUAUAAAGUGCGUAUUAAAGGUACAUAUGAAAUACUAGUUUGUAAAAAUGCGUUUUGUUCUUUAUUUGGUAUGGGUAAAACAGUCGUAGAAAGAAUUUCUUCAAAUAUAAAACAAAAUAAUCCUAGUCCUAAAGAUCUACUCGGAAAACACGCAAACCGUUCUCACGAAAUUUUAGUUCAAAUUAAAACACAUAUUCAGAGCUUUCCAAGACUUAUUUUGCACGACAAUAAUGAAAAGCGAUUUUUGUCUCCUGAACUAAGUAUCAGUAAAAUGUAUAACUUAUAUUUGGGAAAACACGAACAUGACAUUUUAGAAAAAUAA